AUGACCACAAAAGUUGCUUUAUCUUUUUCUCGAACUUUGGUUGGAAAUGACCGUUUCAGUGGUGACGAUCUUGCAACGAUGCUGUCCUCAUCUGCAUUGGAUGGAUGCGCUAAUCAGGGUGAUGUGGAAUCCCUUUUGGGACCAGGUUUUCGCCCGCAAUUGCCCUCACAACCCUUGCAGCAAGUGGACCUCUCAUUUGUGGACUCGUACAGUAAUCCCGCUUUCUAUCAUCAUGAGUGA